ACACGAGUAUCUUUCCUUCCAUGCACCACCAACUUCGCCGACGGUAGACGAAGUCGUGGUGGGGGACAUGCUUGGCUAUGUUGCCAAGGUGGCCCGCGAGUUUGUCUCGCAACGGUACGAAGAAAACAACGCACCGUUGCUCUACGUUCGCAUUCAGACUGGGCAAGCGGCCUGCAACACUUUGCUAGAUUGCGGCGCAACUCGCAACUUCAUCAGCCAGUCCUUCAUGACUCGGGCUGGCCUUGGCGCACAAGUACGGAGGAAGUCACAUCCGACGACGGUCGCUCUUGCCGACGGUAAGACGAAACAACUUUUAGACCGUUACAUCUCGGCUGUCCCGGUGUACUUUGCACCGCACGCAUGUGAACCCGUCACUUUUGACGUGUUGGACACCGACUUCGAUGUCAUUUUGUGGAUGCCUUGGCUUUCUGGCGCCGAGGUCCCGUGUACUAUUCCUCCUCCUCGCUCUUCCAUUAGGUGCCAAGUCGUGAGUGCCAAAUCUUUUCGAGACACAUGCCGUUCCGAGCAUGUCGAAGAGAUUGGCAUCGCUUUGCUUCGAACAGUCCCGACGACCGAUUCAUCGUCCACAGAAGUGUCUUCCGAGCCCCUUGUGACCCGGUUGUUAGACGAGUUCUCGGAUGUUUUUGAAACACCCUCCGGUAUAGUGCCGGACCGGCCAAUCUCUCACGAGAUCAUACUUGAGGCCGGCGCCGUGCCACCGAAAGGAUGCAUUUAUCGCAUGUCCGAGGAGGAGCUCACGGUUCUCCGUGCGCAACUCGACGAUCUACUCGACAAGGGUUGGAUCCGCCCUAGCAGCUCACCUUACGGUGCGCCCGUUCUCUUCGUUCGGAAGAAGAACAAGGACCUUCGACUUUGCAUUGAYYACCGACGCCUCAACRCGCAAACCAUCAAGAACGCGGGGCCUCUACCUCGCAUUGAUGAUUUGCUUGAGCGGUUGGGCGGCGCGAAGUACUUUUCGAAGUUGGACCUCAAGUCGGGCUACCAUCAGAUUUCCAUCCGCCCGCAAGAUCGGUACAAAACCGCGUUCAAGUCGCGAUAUGGGCAUUUUGAGUGGGUAGUUAUGCCUUUUGGCCUCACUAAUGCCCCGGCCACCUUUCAGGCGGCCAUGACCACCGAGUUUCGCGCUAUGUUGGAUCGCUUCGUUUUGGUCUACUUAGACGACAUCCUCGUCUAUAGCCGAACUCUAGAGGAGCAUCUCGAGCACCUUCGCCGUUCGCAAAACACGAUUAACAAUACCGUUGCCCGUUGGAUGGCUUUCAUCGACCAGUUUGACUUUUUCCCCGAUCACAUUCCUGGGAAGUCAAACCGUUUUGCGGACGCCCUCUCACGACGACCGGAUCUUUGCACCGCAGUCUACUCUACCUUCGAGAUCGACGACGACUUGCGGGAGAGCUUCAUCCGCGGCUAUCAAGCCGACCCCCACUUUUGCGACAAGUACGCGAAUUGCUCCUCUCCGAAUCCAGUGCCUUCGCAUUAUCGGAUCCAAGAGGGCUACUUACUUGUGCAUUCAUGGGGUAAGGAUCUUUUUUAUGUGCCAAAUGAUUCACACUUGCGCACACGGCUUCUUGGCGAGUUUCACGAUGCGCCCGCCUCCGGACAUUUUGGUGUCAACCGUACACUUGGCCGACUUCGCCAACGGUUCUAUUGGCCCGACCUUCUCAAGGACGCCACCCGCUAUUGUGAGUCGUGCGAAGUCUGUCGGCGUUGCAAGGCACGCAACCAUCGUCCGUUCGGUGAGCUACACCCAUUACCAGUGCCCCUUGGGCGACGGGAAGCAAUUGCUAUGGAUAUCACCGGCCCCUUCCAGAAGCACAAGACCGGCGUUGAUGGGAUCCUCACGAUCGUCGACCGCCUCACCAAGUACGCCAUGUUUUUGCCUUGCCGCUAUCACGCAAAGGCACCGGAGUUACCUGAGGUCUUAUACACCGGUUGGGUUCGCUCCAAGGGCUACCCCAAGGAGAUCGUUUGCGACCGGGACACUCGCUUUCUCUCCGACUUUUGGUUCGCCCUCAUCAAGCGAUGGGGCUCAUCCUUGAAGCCGAGUUCGGCUCGCCACCCGCAAACCGAUGGUCAAACGGAAAGGGCGCAUCAGACCGCUCAAGUCCUUCUCCACACUCUCAUCCGUCCCGACCAGGUUGAUUGGGUUGAACGCUUGCCAGACGUUGAGUUGGCUUACAACUCAUCGAUCCACCCGGCUAUCGGGAUGUCGCCGUUUGAGUUUGAGCAUGGUUCACCCAUCUCACCGCUGGACGCUACUUUGCCGCGCACAGCCGAGAGCGAUGACCAUCUUGCGUUCCUUUGUCGCAUGCAAGAGCUUCUUGUCAAGGCACGGGAUCGGAUGUCGAAGACGCAAAUACGGAUGAGUCGUCAAGCCAACCGCAAUCGCCUUCCUUGCCUGUUCCGCGCCGGCGAUCUGGUUUGGGUCUCCGCAGCAGAGUUCAGCCUUGAGCAAGACAUCUCUCGCAAGCUCCUUCCCAAGUGGAUGGGGCCUUGGCGCAUUCUCUCUGCAGUUGGUGACGAUCCCGAGGGGCCCUCAUUCCGCAUCGCGGUGCCACCUCACUUGCCCGUCCACACGGUGUUCCACUGUUCCAAACUCGCUCCUUUUGUUUCAGUGGAGUUCGACGAGUUUCCCGGUCGACGUACGCAAGACCCUCCUUCCAUGGACGGAUUUCAGGAGGCCGGCUACAUCAUCACCGACCGGCGCCAUGGCAAUAAAGAAACAGAGUUUCGACUUCAGUUUUCCUACUGCAGCCACAAGGCUGACCGUUGGCUGACGCGUUCAGAAUUGCAGGCCACAACCCCCGCCAUUCUCUCACGCUAUCUUAGCAAAGGGAAGACUACGCAGAGCACUCCAGCUCCUCGCCAUCCUCACUACAUUCCACCAUCGGAUCAGCAGCUUCGCCCGCACCCCGACUCGUCUUCAUAAGGAGGGGGGCGUGUUACAUGCUGGAAGCCUACACACGGGCCCCUCACGGGACCCGAGGUUGGAAUAGGGCCCCCAGGUCGC